AUGCCGAUUCCGAUUCCUGUGGUGUUCUCUCCGCUGGAGCCACCUAGGUACGUACAUCAAUCUCCGAACCAUCAAUAUAAGUUGCUGCCUUUUGACAAUGUGAAGCCCCUCAUCGAGCACGUGCCAGAGUUCACCGGCGCGACACCUGUAAAUUUAGCGUCAGAGGCCGAUGUCUGUCUAGGUGGACCUUUCUCAUUCAUGUGCAUUUUGAAGACGCAGAGUAUUGACCACUGGAGCCGCAUAUUCGACUUCUCCCUCUCAGCGGACGAGGACAGCAUUACUGCUGGAGCCAUCGAGCAAACUGAGCAUCUGCAUUUCACUAUUUUCCAUGGCAAAAAGCCGAUCAGCGUUCGCGUGGACAACUUCUUCGAGCUGGAGAAGGAGAUCACCCUGCUGAGCACGGCCUCGGCGACCGGGCACAUGAAGGUGUUCAAGGACGGCGUGCUCGUCGGCGAGAACCGGGAGGGCCUGGCCCCGCCACGGGUGCACAGGCCGCGCCUCAUCGUGGGCGGCCAUUUCCAGCACCGCAGCCAGGCCUUCCAUGGCAGCAUCCGGAGCGUGAGGGUCUGGGAUCAGGAGGUCUCCUGGCCGGCUCCGAGCCCGGCCCCCGCUCCGUGCGGGAAGGCCGAGGCAGCCGCUGUUUGA